UAGUGUGACGCAUUAGUUGUGCGAACUUAAUCAAGGCCGUACGAUCCAGUAACUGGUACGGCGCUCGUAUGGCGAUGGGAUAUCGAGCAGAGUAUCGCCCGUCUCGCCAUCAGUGGGUGGAUCUGGAUAGUUUAUCGGGAGUCUGUUAUCGCGUGUUUGGGUGGCCAUAACACUCUUAUUUGCUUGUCGCUCGACUGCGCAGCGCACGGCUGUUCGUAUCGUGCUACUGGCGAACUAAUUGGAUACGCAAUCAUUGUCUUCGCUUCGUCGAAGCUGUGUAACAUAGGAAACGCGACGGCCGCACUUAUUGCUAAUAUCAAGUUUGUGAUUUAUUAUGGUGUAGUUAGCAGGAAAAAACAAAUACUUUCAGUUAAAUAACAAUGAUAUCUUACAAGUUUUAAUUUAAGUGAUUGUCUGUGCAUAGUGUAAUUAUAUAGCAGGAAUGAAGGGCCCAAUAAGACAAGCUCCACCUGUACCAGGCAGUGGUGUCAAUCGCUACUCCCCAGUUACCAAUUGGAAUGAUGAUCCUUUUGGUUCUGAUUUAUUUGAGCCGACACCACAAUUUGCUCAGAAAAAGAAUCCACCUCCCCGGCCUCCACCACCUAAGGUGAACAACAAGCAACCGGACAUCCCAGUGAAACCCUCACACUUUAUGAGAAAACCUACAGUUCUUACGUCACUCCUGUCCAGGAAAAGCAAAACAACAGUCACCAACCAUAGUAGUCAAAUCAGUAAUAUUAGCCACAACAAUUUACUAAUGGAUGGAAACUGUGAACUGGAUACUAGCAAAAUGUUUCCCAGAUGUGAACCAAAGAAUGUUCAGACUGGAGCAUUGAUAGACCUGUCUUCCCCUCCUAGCUCGCCCACCUUCACAACCAGAUCUAGCAGUGAUGGUCUCAGUGUUGAUAGCUUCAGUUCCGAUGCCACUACCUCCACCAACCACCACAGUGCAUUUAAUAAUGGAAAUGCUUCACAGGCUGAGAGUGGGUUUGAAGAUGAUUUUGAUCUCUUUCUGAAUUCUAGAAAACAAAUGAGUAAAGAGGAUACUCUAGAUGAUUUUACAGCAGUGGAUCCUUUCUCACCGCCCCCUGCUUCCAAUAAGCCUCCCUUAUUAAAGAAACCCAUUUUAAGUAAAGAUCUGUAUGAAGUGUCCAGUACUCCGAGUGCACCUGCAGCUGCUCUCUCUGUGGGACCUACUAUAAUAAGAGCAAAGCCAGCCCGACCAAAGCCCCCUGACAACUCUGCCUUGUUAAAGAGUUCCAUUGGAAGUCUGUCUGUCACCUCCAUGAAUCUGAACACAACCACUCCGAUCCAGAAGAUAAACAACAAUUUUGGGGACAACUUUGGCUCGAAACCGUUUAGUUGGGACCGGGAGUCUCCGGAGCGUGAAGAGCGCGAGAGUUCCCCGCCGAUGCCGACGAUCCCGCCGCCGCCGCCGCCCCCGGGCGCCGAGGACGAGCUGGCGGCGUGGCCCGACGAGCCCGACUUCCCGGCUGAAGACUUGCCUUCAGAGGAAGAACCUUACGCCAUCGCUUUGUUUGAUUACUUCACCGAUCACCCUGAGGAUUUAUGCUUCUCGGCCAAUUCAAAAAUCCUUCUAAUAAGACAAGUGGACGACGAAUGGCUGUACGGGAAGGUGCGCAGCGGAGCCGAGGGCCUGUUCCCCGCCAACUACGUGGAGGUGCGCGUGCCGCUGCGGCGCGCGGGCGCGGGGGCGGCGGCGCUCGCGCUGUACGACCUGGAGCCCGAGCAGCCCGGCGACCUGCGCCUGCGCGCCGGCGACACCGUCGCCGUGCUCUCCAAGCUCAACGACGAGUGGUACUACGGCGAGUGCAAUGGACUCAAAGGACAGUUCCCCCUUAAUUAUGUGCAAAUGAGCUAACUCGCCCUCCCUCUUGGCGUAUCGUUCCGGUGCUGGUAUUUUUAAACUAGUGAUGUGAUAAAUUAUACCGUUUUUAAGACUGAAGUCUACUGUAUCAUUCGAAUGACACGAGCGCCGCUCCUCCUGGUGGGGGGCGUAGGCGACAGGGAACUAGUGGAUAAUCUUGUAAAAAAAAUUGAUAUUAGUGCAAUAUUGCCAUAAAUAUUUUUUAUUGAUAUCUUCGGUAGGGCUAAAAUAAAAUUUUCCAGUAAAACAAAAGGCUGCUUGAUUUAUGAUGAAAAAAUCAGGUAGGCUCCUGUGAAGCCAUAAGUGUACAAUUAAUUUGCGUUUUCGCACUGAUGUUGCCAUUAUAACGUAGUUGUUUAGCUUAAGCACUUAUAAGGGCACUGUAUGGAAUAUUAUUAAUCAAUAGAACCAUUGAAUGUAAAUAAUUCACAUUGUAAAUUCAGUAUUAAUAUAUAUGUUGUAGCAGUAUGAUAUUAUGUCAUGCCUUAGUUUUUGACCAAUUGAUUUAGUAACAAUAGUAACCAUAUACUUUGCUGCAUGCAAAGUGCAUGUGUUUUACUUCAGCCGAUAAUCAUUGUCGCAAGUGUUUUGUGCGAACGAUCAAUGUGAUGAUUCAUCGCAUUGUUAUUGUAUUUGGAAUUGCAACUUGUUAAAUUAUAGGAAUGUAACCUAUUUUGUUAUCAUUAUUUGGUCUCACAAAUCAAAACAAAAUAUAAAUCAUAGCAACAGUGAUGCAUCUUGUAGUUAUUGUAUUGUUUGUUUUCUGUUAUAUAAUUUUAAAGGGACCAUAAUAUUAAGUGCCUUAAGUAUAUUGUCUUCAACCCAAUAAUUUGUAUAUAAAUGAUCUUAUUUAUGUAGUUGUAAUAAACUCUAAUACCAA